AUCCUGCAAUUAGUGUAAGCAGACUCCUCCUUUACUGCAGUCUUCUUUUCGAUUGGUAAAAUGUCUUUGAGGGCUCAUGUAGGGAUCCCACCCCUUCUCUAUGUUUUCAUUCUGAAUCAAUCCACAACUUUACACCUGCAUGAGUGCCAAGCCUCUGUGGAUAUAUAAGGGAAACCUUCAAGAGGCAUUUCAGAGUUACAGGGAAGAAGCUGAAGAAAAGGAAUUCACCCAGCGCGGUCAGACAGAAACCGAACCAACCAUGAUUCUCCUCCCUGCCAUUCACUUCUCCGGCUUUCUCCUAGCUUGCGUCUUCAUGAAAAGCUGUUUGGCUUUCAAGAAUGAUGCCACAGAGAUCCUUUAUACACAUGUGGUCAAACCUGUUCCAGCGAGCCCGAGCAGCAACAGCACGCUGAACCAAGCCAGAAACGGAGGCAGGCAUUACGGCAACACUGGAUUAGAUCGUAACAAUCGCGUUCAAGUUGGCUGCCGGGAACUGAGAUCCACCAAGUACAUUUCAGAUGGGCAGUGUACCAGUAUAAAUCCUCUGAAAGAGCUUGUGUGUGCUGGUGAGUGCCUUCCUUUGCCAGUGCUCCCCAACUGGAUUGGAGGAGGUUAUGGAACCAAGUACUGGAGCAGAAGGAGCUCCCAAGAGUGGAGAUGUGUCAAUGACAAAACGCGCACACAGAGGAUCCAGCUCCAGUGUCAAGACGGAAGUACAAGAACCUACAAAAUAACUGUGGUCACGGCCUGCAAAUGCAAGAGGUACACCAGGCAGCACAACGAGUCCAGCCAUAAUUUUGAGGGAACCUCUCAGGCAAAGUCCACCCAGCAUCACAAAGAGAGAAAAAGAGCCAGUAAAUCCAGCAAGCACAGCUCAAGUUAGAAGUCAGGCAACCCUUCCCCCAAAACUGAACUCAUCUGUAACCAUCUUCUUUACAGAUCUGACUGCUUAAAAGACAAGUCUGCCAUUGCUGUGUUCUCACUUGAUGGUGCAUUGCUUUGAUCAAGCUCAAAACGGCAUUCUGUGCAUAUGGACCUUUUUGGUGAUUUUCCAAAUGCUCCAGAUGGGCAGUACCACAAGCCUUCCAACCCCACACAAUGAAGUCUUACAUUUUUUUGAGGUGUGGAGGCAAAGAAUUGUCCCCAUGAACAUUCACUGAAAUUUUAUUUUUUAGAAAGGUGCUUUGUUGUGAAUUUUCACAGGAACAGUUGAUUAGCAAAUGUCUCUUGCCUUCCGAAUAAUAUUUUAUGAACUUUUGACACAUCUGCUUAAAAGCAGCAACCAGUAACUGUUGUCAGUUUCAUUCUAACAAAACAAUACCUUGCAUGCUGAUCUUUUUCUUCUAUCUACCCAAAACUAAAAUAUGCAUGGCAGCAAUUGAAAAGUAAAGCUGAAUAAACUAUUUAUUUGUCACUGUAAUUAUUUAAUGAGCUUUUUACAUGUAAUUUUUUUUCAAAAUGUUCAUCUUAUGUUUUAUAGCUUUUUUCCAUGUAUCAAAGUAUUUUCCUAUGAUUUGUGACUGGAUUAGAAUAUACAUUUUGUAGAUAAUGUGAAAUAGAUGUUUUAGCAUUCUUGGUACAUAUAUAU